UUUUUUUUUUUUUUUUUGUUGUUGUUGUUGUUGUUGUAUACCUCCAUCCAACGAAAAAAAGAUUAUAAAUUCCUUCCUUAAUUAUCAGAUUUAUUAUAAUUUAGUAUAAAUUUAUCAUACACACCAUCCAUAACCACGUGAUCUUAGCCAGGAACCAGGAAAUAAUUAUACAGCAUAUCUAAAAAUCCAAGAAAUAUAACGAUUUAGUUCAUUCAAGGAGGAGCAAAGCGAGGGUGACGAUGGCGACUGAUAAGCACGCACACAUGGAGCGUGCCCAAGUGUCGACUUCGUGUCAACUCUGUCAUAAACAUGUAGAACUUUUCUGUAAAGUUUGCGAGGUUAAUCUGUGUAGUGGUUGUGUUGGUCGGCACAUGCUGUCUCAGUCAUCCCAAAAGCAUGACAUUGUCAUUUAUUCUCUCAAAUUUUCGGGAGUUCCACAGCCAUUCUGUCCCACUCACAGGGACCAAUGGUGUGACCUUCAUUGUGAAAAGUGUGAUGUUCCAGUCUGUACGGACUGCAUAACAUCGAAAAUGCACUUCAACCACGAGAUGAAAAAGAUUGCACAUACUUUUGAAACAAAAAAGGAUAUCAUGGUGAAGGAAACAAAAUUUCUAGAAGAAAGGAUCUCAUCAGAGUAUGAAAGAAUUAUUGGGAAGAUAAAGAAGGAUAUUCUUGAUUUAUCGGAGAGAAAUAUCCAGCUGAAAUCAAAAAUAUCGGAACAAGGUCGCCGACUACACCUAGCAAUAGACAGAGCCGUCGAUCAACGUCUUGCUUUCAUAGAUGCUAGGGGAAAACAAGACCUUGCCAAACUCCAGAAAUCCCUCUCCGAGUUUCGUGUUCUUUUGGAUGCAGUUCAUGACAUUAUCAAAACAAAUAAAUACCUUGUACAGUCCAGGCAGAGUUGUGUCAUCAAUUACCAGUCACGACUGGACAAGUUCGUACAAAUGCCUUCAAUCGCACGGUCAACACCAGGAAGUUUUACACCAGCGAAAGUAAAUGAUGAAGAAAUACACUCCUUGAUGGGAGAAUUGAUCCCAGCAAAAACAACAACGAUAAUGGAACACAGAGCUCUACACAGAAUCAAGGAACUACUAACACUGGUGCACUGCAACCAAGAGAUGCUGCUGGACAAACCAGUAACCAUAGCUACCAUAGACACCAAGUACGAUGAACUGUACGAAGUCUGCUGCUUGGGGGACAACCAGGCCUGGAUAAGCGGAGAUAAAAGCGCAGUGACAAGAGUGGACGGCGGAGGAGGAACAGUCCUGGAAACAGUUAAAACCAAAUCUGGUGAAUCUCCGGACGGAUUAGCAGUGACCAGAGAAGGAAAGCUUCUGUAUGCAGAUUUUAACGAUAGGAGUAUAAACCUGGUGAAGGGUGGAAAAGUGAAGACUUUGAUCAAGACGGAGUGGUAUCCAACGGCGAUAUCCUGCAACUCCUUAGGAGACAUCCUUGUCGCUUUGUGUGAUACCAACACCAUGCUCAGUAGCACUGAUAAUAAGAAGUUAGUGCGCUACACUGGUAUGUCUAUCACACAGGAGAUCCAGUUUGAUGAAAAGAAACAGAGACUCUUUCAAAGCGGCAGUGCUGCCUUGCAAAUCACCGAGAACAAGGUUGGUGAUAUUUAUGUCGUUGACAGCAAUGCUGGGACGGUUGUCAUCACCAAUCAUCAGGGAAACCUGAAAUCUCUGAGCAGCAGCAGUCACGUUCCCAAUCCAGAGACGACGUUUUAUCCUCAUUACAUCACGAAAGACAGUCGGGGCCAAAUUCUGGUGUCCGACUGGAAAAACAACUGUGUGCAUAUUCUGGACAUGGAUGGACAAUUUUUGUCUGUUAUAGACAACUGCGAUUUGAGGAACCCUGGUGGAAUCAGUGUUGACAGCGAGGAUAGAUUGUGGGUGGUGGAGAGAGACACCAAGACACUGAAGAUUAUCAAGUACAUGAAGUAGAUGAAUAGGCCAAUUACUUUUCAGAAGAAAGUUUCAAAAAGACACUGGGUAACUCAAGAGUAUGAAGUACAUGGAACCUGCAGAAGAAAGUUCCAAAGAGAUUGUGUGUAUCUUCUUAGGAACAUGAUCCCACCUCUGGUAUGUCCAGGGGUCCGUGUUUUCCCAACUAUCUAUUUUGUAUUGCUUAUAGGAGUGAUGAGAUUGUUCACUGUUCGUUAUCUUUGCCUUUCAUCCACAAAAUGUUCAUUGUAGCUAUCAUUCCAUUUACCAAUGUUAUAGAAUAGGAUUCACCCGUUGCAAAUUGGCAUCCCAGAGCCAAAAUCUCCCAUUUGAAGAUUUUUGUUUCAUUCAUUCUUUAGUUCCUGAUUGAUUUAUUCAUCCUUUGAAUUUUUUAAAUAAAGUAAAAGCUGAAUUGUU